GAUUACAAAAAUAACACCAGUAACAAUGUAAAUGUAGAAUUUGUUUAAAAUAUUUAAUAGUUGUUCAGAUUCUCUAAGGUUGCACAAACUGUUAGAUUCUUCCGAGUUACUGCAUUUUGCCCUCUAUUUGUCCUUUUUCCUUUCGCUUUAAUCCUUCCUUAAUCCUGUGUGAAGAGAUUAUUGCCAAUAUGUUACUAAGAAUAUAAAACAAGCUGUUGUUUACAAUAGGAUUUCUCUUUUCAGUUUGGUAGCCAAGACUAUGAUGGCGUAUUUACAUUCCAGAACUGCAUAUAGCUUGGGAAAUAUUAUUGUAUAAGCUGUAUGAUGGCAAAGGCCGCUUCGGAGGCCUGCGUUACCAAGAGAAGCUAGAUUGCACCCUUGUUCUCUCAAGGUUGGUACAAAAGAGGAAGCUGAACAUCAAACUUGGAAUAGAAGAGAUCACAGGGAAAAAUUUGCUAACCUUACUUGGGAUCUAUAUGAGAAUGACCGUGCCCUUCUCUUUCUUAAACUUUAUAUCUGGAUCUCAGAAUAGCUAUAAUUUGGAGCAGACCAGUGAAUAUCCUGCUCAAUUAUGAGAAGACAUUCAUCAACAUAAAACAGUCUGGAAGAAAAAAAUUUCUGUAAGAAAAUAAGAGCGCAGAAUCCAUUAGUAAAACAGAAGGCAUUUAGUAGUUCCAAAGCUUUUGGCUAUCCUGGCCUUACAAAAUGAAUCGUUACACAACCAUGAAGCAACUGGGCGAUGGCACCUAUGGCAGUGUGUUGAUGGGAAAGAGCAACGAGUCUGGAGAACUCGUGGCUAUCAAAAGAAUGAAAAGAAAGUUCUAUUCAUGGGAUGAAUGUAUGAAUUUGAGAGAAGUCAAGUCUCUGAAGAAGCUGAAUCAUGCCAAUGUAAUAAAACUGAAAGAAGUCAUCCGAGAAAAUGACCACCUUUACUUUGUGUUUGAAUACAUGAAGGAAAAUCUCUAUCAGUUAAUGAAGGACAGAAACAAGUUGUUCCCUGAGUCAGUCAUCAGAAACAUUAUGUAUCAGAUAUUACAAGGGCUAGCUUUUAUCCAUAAACACGGAUUUUUUCAUAGAGAUAUGAAGCCUGAAAACCUUCUAUGUAUGGGUCCAGAACUUGUGAAAAUAGCUGAUUUUGGUUUGGCUAGAGAGCUAAGAUCUCAGCCACCAUAUACAGAUUAUGUUUCUACCAGAUGGUACCGUGCUCCUGAAGUUUUGCUAAGAUCAUCAAUUUAUAGCUCUCCUAUUGAUAUAUGGGCAGUUGGCAGCAUAAUGGCUGAACUGUACACACUAAGACCUCUUUUCCCAGGGACGAGUGAAGUAGAUGAAAUCUUCAAAAUUUGCCAAGUAUUAGGGACUCCAAAGAAGAGUGACUGGCCAGAAGGAUAUCACCUUGCUUCCGCCAUGAAUUUCCGCUUCCCACAAUGUGUACCUAUAAACCUAAAAACUCUCAUCCCAAACGCAAGCAGUGAAGCAAUACAGCUUAUGAGUGAUAUGCUGAGCUGGAAUCCAAAGAAAAGACCUACAGCAAGUCAGGCUUUGAAGUACCCUUACUUUCAAGUUGGGCAAGUCCUAGGUCCUCCUUCACAAUAUCUGGAGAAGCAGACUCCUCUUAAACCAGUUCAGCCAACAGAGCCAAAGCCAACUCUAUCCAAACUGGAAGCUGUAGCCAAGCUAGAACCUCUGUCUUCACCUGAUGCAUCUGACAAAACACAGCCACAGUCCCUGCCAAAGGUUGACCACGUGCCUCUCCAGCAAAUUCAGUUGCCUCAGAAUACAGCUAACCAGCAAAUAUCAAAACAGCAGCAGCCACAGGCACAACCGUUUUUGCCAACUCUAAGUAAAAACUUAUCACCAAAACAAGCAGCUACUGGCCCUCAGAAUGUUGCAGUAGGUCUUAAAAGCUGCAGGAGACGAUGGGGUCAGACUUUGGUAAAGGCUGUGGACAGCUGGGAUGACUUGGAUGAUGCUGAAUUUGGAAUGUCAUAUUCAAAGAAGCCAAGCAUUGCACUGUUAAAAGAAAAGAAAAACAAGGAAUGUCUUUUUAGUGUGCCAGAUCCAAAGGCUUCAUGCUGUAUCCAGUCAGGAGAUGAAAAUAAGGUUCCAGUGCGAAAUGAUUCUGGAAUAUCAAAUACAUCAGCAAAACAGUACUAUCUGAGACAAUCAAGAUAUCUACCUGGUGUAAACCCUAAGAGCGUCUCUUUAGUAGCAGCAAGUAAAGAAGGAUCUCAUGGAGCUUGGAACAACCACUUCUUUUCUAAACCACUAGGACAUAUUGGAGGAGGACUGUCUUUCAACAAAAAUACAGAAGAGAAUUUAAUUAUACCAAUUGAAAAGUUAUCAUGCAAAGAAAGGCUGAAUGAAAAAUUAGAGGAUCCAAAAGCAAAAGGAUCACUCCUUCAGUUUCUCCCAGACUGUUCCUCCUGGCUGCCCUCUUCAAUUUCCUGCAGAAGGGCUUGUAAAGAACACUGGACGUUGACAGACCUCAGGAUUGUAAGGAAUAUUGCUGAGCUGUCAAAGGACACCGAUGGACCACUCCCAGUGAAAUAAUUAGGCACAUUUCUGAAAAGGAAGAAAAACAAAAGAUUAAGAAGUUACCUUUUAUUGGAAUGCUUCAUUAAAGCUUUAUUUUUCGUUGCGACUUUUGUAUCAUUCUUUAUUGUAUGGGGAACUGGUGUCAAAUCCGAUACAGGGAAGCCAAAUACAAACUCAGCUGUUCUCAGGGUUGAUACAAGUGGCAGUCUGGGGAGACUGGCAAAACUGAGUUCAGCUGAACACUUUUUGUUAAUGCUUCUGAACAGGGAGGAUAUAGUAUGACCCAACAGAGCUGUAAUGAGCUGAGGAAUCAUUUGGGGUUCGUAGAGAACCAAUUUUACAGCUUAUAGAUCCACUGCUUUGAGCUCUGAAAUUAUCAUGAGGGAGAGGGUGUGAAUGUUUGCAUGAAGAGGAGCAUUUUAGGAUUUCACUGAAGCCACAGAUUUAGGAAAUAGAGAAGCUUUGUCAAAUCAGAUAUGACAGAGCUACCAUUGAAACCAUCCUGAAUAUUAUUGUGAUAAAAAUGCUCUACUUGCUGUAGGUCAAAAUAAAACAGUUGUGUAUGGACUCGUAGUUCACAAGUUUAAUAAUACUGAAUGUGGAAUCACACCAGAGAAAACAGAUUUCCUCUGGCCAUUGCGCCAGCAUACACAGUCCAGCACUGUCCCAAUAAUGACUGACAUGGAGAGGAUGAGAAAUUUGCUUGGAGCAGGGAUGGUCUGAAUAUUGUAGAAGAACCCUCUGUCAUUUAACUAUAAUUUCAGUGCUAAUUUUGUGUGUAAAUAUAGGAUGUUUCUUGACUUCUAAAUAGGGGGGAUUAUGCUGACAUGCCCAAGGUAGCACUGCUGUAAAUAAAAAUCUGGACCAAAACCAGGUACAGUAAAAUUGU